CUGCAGAUUACUAACACCAUCCUGACCUGUUGUGGAAGUUCCGACCGCGCCCUUACCGGGCCGUGGGAGGGGUUACCAGGGAGCCAGGCUGCCAUUCCCCAAACUGCCAGGGAAGUAGGUGCGUAUGGGUCAGACGGGGUAAGGCACGUGGACAAAAACAGUCGCGAUCGAUUUAGGAACCUGGGAAUCCUCCAAGUUACCAAGCGUCCAAAAAUGUCUUUAGUAAAAAGUGCCAGGGAUCCUUUUAGCACUCCCGUGGGACAGCUAAUAGAAAGAACUACUAUUGGAACACUCCACAAAGAAGACUGGGGCCAGUUUAACCAAAUUUGUGAUAUAAUCAAUGCAACAGAAGAGGGACCAAAAGAUGCCGUGAAAGCCUUAAAGAAAAGAAUAUCCAGAAACUGGAACCAAACAGAAGUUAGACUUUCUCUUUCUCUCCUUGAAAUUUGCAUGCAGAACUGCCAUGCUAGGUUCCGGUCUCUCGUUGUGAAGAAAGAGUUUUGUAGAGAUGUACUGGUUAAGAUGCUGAAGCCCAAAUAUAAUCCACCAAUAGAUGUCCAAAAUAAAAUUUUAGGUUUCAUUAUGACAUGGUCGAGUGGUUUCCCUGGAUCUGUUGAUGUAUCCGAAGUGAAAGAUGUGUAUAUAGAUUUAAUAAAGAAAGGUGUUACAUUCCCAUCAGCUGAGGCAGCUGCAGCACCACUAGUGAACUUGAGUACUGACAGUGCUUCAAAUGCCACUCCACCAGAGAAUAUUGCCUCAUCACAGACCUCAGCACCAGUAUCUACUUCAUCUUCUUCUGUAUCCUUGAAACCAACAGCUGGACCACAAAUGACCUGUAUAACAACAAUGACAUCUGAGCAGAUUGCAAAGCUGCACAGUGAACUGGAUAUGGUACAAAUUAAUGUAAAUGUUAUGUCAGCAAUCCUAUUGGAAAAUACCCAUGGAAAUGAAAAUCCAGAAGACUGUGAGCUUUUACAGAAGCUGUAUGACACUUGCCGAUUGAUGCAGGAGAGAAUCAUUGAACUUCUUGCUACAAUGGAGAUGGAUGAUAUAGCAAGCAUCCUGCUGCAAAUGAACGACAAUCUAAACAAUGUAUUUUUGAGAUAUGAAAGGUUUUCACGAGGCAAAAUCUCUUCAUCACAGAGAACAGCUGAAAAUUCUGAAUUCAAUGAGAUAAGCAAUUCAGAGACUCGCCAGCAUGAACCACCUGCUCCAGUGAAUGAGUUACUAGAUCUCUCUCUGAAUUCUCCAGCUCCUCAGGCAGAAAGUACAGGACAGUCAACUGGUUUUCAGAGUCCAAUAUCAAAUGAAUACGUCAAUCGUCCUCUUCCUGUUCCUUCUCUGUACCCUGGGAUACCAAUCAGCCUACAGGCAAUGGCAUCUUCUCCUCUAGUUCCACACACUAACGAAAACAUGUACCAACAUCCUAUGACAACACCAGUGUAUAGUAAUCUUUCUUAUGGCCCUCCUUUACCAUCACUACUAGAAAGCCAAACUCUUCCCAGCUUUGAUUUAAAACCAGUGACUUACUCAUCACCCAGUUUUCUUGUUCCAGUGCCUUGUAGUAGUUCAGCUGAAAUGAAAUCCAGUACAGAGACCUCAAAUUUCUACAGUCUGGUUGAAUUUGAUCCUUGUGCUGCUAAUGGAACAAGCACUGAUGAAAAUAUCUAUGAAGAUUUAGAAGAAAUAUUCCAAAAGAAUGAAGGUCAGAUGAAUACCAGUUGCUGAUUCACCAGUGCUGCCUUAUAGAUUCUUCAUUCUGCCGUGACUUGACAGUACCAUAGACGUAGGUGGCUAUAUGUCAUUUAAGAGAAGUUCCGCUGUGAGAUUUAUAAAGGUGUCUGAAAGCUUACUGAAGAGCUUCAGAAAAUUUUGGCAAAAGCUGUGACAUUCUUUGUGGCAUUAUAAAAGCCAUGCCUUGCUGCAUCGUUUAAUUUUUAUUUUUAAACUGUGUUAUGGAAUACAUAAAUCAAUAAGUUAUGCUAGUCUGCAUUGAUUUUAAAGUGCCAACAUUUGAAAUGUUUAGUUGAAGAAAAUAGCUUACAUUAUUUAUAUAUUAAUGGAGCACUGCAGUUAAUUAAUUGGUAUAAUCUGUGAAUACACCGGCUCAAAUUCCAAAAGACUUGCUCUCAGUAUAAAUGACCACUUACACUGAGAGCAAGUCUUUUGGAAUCAGGGCAAACUUAUACCGAGAGUAGCUCUUUUGGAAUCUGACCCAUCACUUCAGGAAAGUGGGUACCUGAAACAUUUUAUACUAUGCAAGUCUUAAAACGUUCCUGUAUUUGAAAAUUUUCUUUGAAGAAAUUAUUUGGCCUGCAGUCAUUAUUUAUAGAGUGCUUAAUUAAAUUAGUGUAAGUCAUGGAUUGAAUACAUCAUUCCUGAAAAGUGAGAACCUGAAACAUUUUUACCUCACAAGUCUUAAACAUUCUGCAUUUGAAAUUUUUAUUUGAGGAAAAUAUUUGUCCUCCAUUGGUUAUGUAUUAAUAGAUUUCCGUGGCUAAUUAAAUGAGACAGAAAUCAUAGAUAUGUCAUUCCAGAAAAACAGCCACCUGAAACAUUUUUUAUUUCAUAAAUCUUAAACAUUCCUGCAUUUGAAAAUUUUAUUGAAGAAAAUAGUACUCCACUGGUCAUUAAUUAGUAGAGCACCUUGGUUAAUUAAAUGAAAAAGAAGUCAUAGAUAUGUCAUUCCAGAAGAGUGGGCACCUGAAACAUUUUUUUACUACGAGUCUUGAACAUUAAUACAUUUUUAUACAAAUUUUGAUCAUCAGAAAACUGUGUUAUAACAUCUUGUUGACAAAAGAUCCUAUAACUUAUGAAUAAUUUCAGUAAUUUGUGUCUUCAGCAACUGUUGUAAAAACAAAUAUUGAAUGAUGAUAAUUUGCAUUACUCUUAAAAUGCUUACAUUUCAUUUUUAGGAUGCACAAAUUAUUUUGUAUACCACAUAAUAUUUAUGGUUCUUAAUAAUUGCAUUAAUUUGUAUAAUUUAUGGUUGAAACAUUUCUCAGCUUUAUUACUAUGGAAAUCAUUGCAAUACUGCUGGCGUAUAGAUUUUCUGAUGCCAAAUGAAAAAGAUCAGAAAUUGAGUGCAAACAGGAAUAUGACACUGAAGUUUAGUGUAAGUUUCCCUUGAACACUUGAAAUAGAAAAAUAGUAAUGCAAACUGUGGAGCUAAGGUUUUCUGAUGUUAUGUGUAAAGGCAUUCAAUUCAUGGUACAUUCUAAAACUGUUUUCUUUUAAAUCCAGGUAAAUUAAUCUAACAUAUUUAAUCCCUGUUGUCAAUUGCUGUUUGUUUCAUUCAUUGCUUUUCUUUCAUUAGUAUGGAUUUGUUCUUGAACAUUUUGUAAAAUAUACACAUUUAUAAAUGCACAAAUCCAUAUAAAGUGACUUGUGCAAAUGUGCAAGACAAAUGUAGUGCAUUUGUAAAAAAAAAUGGUCCUAUGAACCUUUUAAUAAGAAAAUGUUUUAAUAAGAAAUCAUAUUUAAUUGUAAAGACAACUGUUGUUCUUUAUCAAUUUCUUACUCAAAUCUUGCCGUAUAGGUGCAGAAUGCCAAGACGUGUAAUAAAUUGACAUUUGUGGUGAAAGAGUUGUUCUUGUUUUG